AUAUUUGUAGAUUUGAGUCACCUUAUAUGUGACCCAUCAGAUGCAGAAGGCUGCUCACAUUGUGCGCCCGUAAUUCCUAUUGUGUGCUGUGACAUCCAUCACCCUUUGGCAUUCUCAUCAUCUGAUACUGUCAUCCCACAACCGCCCAGACUUCCCAUCCACUCACGACUUGCGAAAUAUACCAUGGGCCCACAGGAGUACAAGUUAUGUGAGGCACUGGAAGAUUGGAGAGACCAGAAGACAGUGGAGAUUUAUGGACGCUCACCCCUUAUUGACCUUGGCCCAACUGUUGUAAUGGGUGACUCAGUUCUUGACCGGAUCAUUGACUGCGCCCAUCAUGAGAAAAUCAGAGUUAUCCAGGAUCUCCACAAGGAGACACACUAG